GCUCCCACCUUAAUUAAAUUUCCCAAUUUCUCUAAACUCGCCAAGCAUGUCAACUUCUGCUUCAACCACUCAACUAUUUCAAGAUUUUCUGGGGGACUUGUACUCAAGAAGAUUGCUAUUGCAUACCCACGUUUACCAAUCACCAACUGCAGCAGCUCCUCCAGCUCCUGCAACCAGCCAUGAUCCGUCAGAAGUUUACACUGGCGAUAACACUUUCGAUGCAAAUGUUGUUAUGGUACUCUCAGUUCUCUUGUGCGCCCUGAUUUGCUCACUUGGAUUGAAUUCCAUUAUUAAGUGUGCAUUAAGGUGCUCCAGUUUAGCAGCUUCCCAGUCUACUGGCGAUUCCUCAACUCGAUUAGCCAAUACAGGAGUCAAGCGAAAAGCAUUAAAAACUUUCCCUACAGUAAACUAUUCAACCGACUUGAAGCUGCCUGGACUGGACACAGAGUGUGCAAUAUGUCUGUCCGAGUUCACACCGGGUGAACGCGUGCGCCUUCUGCCCAAGUGCAACCAUGGAUUCCAUGUCCGGUGCAUCGACAAAUGGCUCAGCUCACACUCAUCCUGCCCUACAUGCAGGCAUUGCCUGAUUGAGACAUGCCAAAAGAUUGUUGGUUGUAGCCAGCAGGCUUCCUCAUCAGAAACUCCACCAGUACAAGAAAGCUUUGUGAACAUAGCCCCUCUAGAACCUGAAGGUUUGAUACGCACUUAUAGAGGAGUUAGCUAAGCAUAUUUAUUUUGUUCUUCAAUGUUAUAAUGUUUUAGCUUAAGUUGAGCCUGCAAUGUGAAGGAUGGCACUGAAAGGCCUUUGUUAUUGUAGGUUAACAGCUACCACUGCAAGAAUUGUAGCAUAGAUGUAAAUUUGUACAAAAGUUUGAAAAGUAACUUAUUUCAAUUUUUUUCA